UUCCUCCUUCCUUCCAUGCUAGCUCACUCAGGCAGUUAGCAAGCGAAGUAGAACCUUUAAAUUCUGUUGUGCAGUUAAUAAUAACGAGUUUGUUUGAAUUAUUGUAAACCGAAAACUUGUUUCCGAAGCUUUUAAAAACACAAAUAACAAAAUGAAUAUACGAAACGCCAGGCCGGAGGACCUAAUGAACAUGCAGCACUGCAACCUGCUGUGUCUCCCCGAAAACUACCAGAUGAAAUAUUACUUCUAUCAUGGAUUGUCGUGGCCUCAGCUUUCAUACAUCGCAGAGGAUGAAAAUGGCAAAAUAGUUGGAUAUGUAUUAGCAAAGAUGGAGGAGGACCCAGAUGAUGUGCCUCAUGGACAUAUUACAUCAUUGGCGGUGAAGCGAUCGCACAGACGCCUUGGUCUGGCCCAGAAGUUAAUGGACCAGGCCAGCCGAGCCAUGAUUGAAAACUUCAAUGCCAAAUAUGUCUCACUUCACGUUCGCAAAAGCAACCGAGCGGCUCUACACCUGUACUCCAACACCCUGAAGUUUCAGAUCAGUGAAGUUGAACCUAAGUAUUACGCGGAUGGGGAAGAUGCCUAUGCCAUGAAGAGAGACCUGGCUCACAUGGCCGAUGAGUUGAGGAAACCUGGCGUUCGUGUGUCGAGUCAAGGAGCAACAUGUGGUCAGAGCCCAUCAGGCUCCGGUGACCAAGAAAGAGAGAGUGAGAGGGACAGCGGAGGAGAAAGCAAAGAGUUGAGUGAAGUCAGCGAGGCAACGGAAAGCACAGACGUUAAAGAUUCUUCUUCUGACUCACAAUGAUGCCAGUUUUUGACUUUUUUUUUCCAUAAAAACAUCCAGUUUUAUCUCAGUUUGCAGCUGUUUCUGGCUUUAGAGACUGGUCGUCUGAUCACCGAAGCUGCACCUCUGAUUUGUUUUUUUCUCUUACUUUUCUCUUGCUGGGAUGAACAGCGAGCCAAUGUGUUGUCUAAAUUAAACAAAACCAUUGGUAAAAGCUCUA